ACGGCUGCACUCUUGCUGAGACAUACUGGUCAUCAUUGCCUCCGAGCCCACUUUUGCCCGAAGCUCUGUGUCAGAAAUGCUGUUCCUUUGGGAACCACAGCCAAAGAAGAGAUGGAUCAGUUCUGAAAUAAGAACACAGGCUCAAACCAUCCCGUUUGAACACAUCACUAUCUACAGUUGGUCUCUUCCCAUGGUAAUGUCCAUCUGUCACCGUGGCACUGGCAUUGCUUUGAGUGCAGGGGUCUCUCUUUUUGGCACAUCGGCCCUGUUACUCCCUGGGAACUUUGCGUCUUAUAUGGAACUCAUGACGUCCCUGCGUCUGAGGCCAGCACUGAUCCACGCAGCUAAGUUUGCACUUGUCUUCCCUCUCAUGUAUCAUACCUGGAAUGGGAUCUGCCACUUGAUUUGGGAACUAGGAAAAGGCAUGAAGAUUCCCCAGCUAUACCAGUCUGGAGUGGUUGUUCUGGUUCUUACUGUGUUGUCCUCUAUAGGGCUGGCAGCCAUGUGAAGAACAGAGGUUCCCAGGAUCAUCUUCCUGUACAUUAUUACAUUCACCCAUCUUUCUGUUUGUCACUUUUAUCUCCAGCCUAGGAAAAGUUCUCCUUAUUUGCUUAGAUCCUUUUGCGCUUUCAGAUCCCCUUGGAGCAGUAGAGUACCUUGUAGACCAUAAUAGUGGAAAAGGGUGUAGUUUUCCCCUUGUUUUUAAAGAUGGGGUGGCUGCAAAAACUCCCCUUUUUUGCCCACAGCUU